AUGCCACUGCUCUUCUCUUGUUUUCCUUCAUCUGCAUUCAAAAUGACUGGACGUGGUAAAGGUGGUAAAGGUCUCGGUAAAGGUGGUGCCAAGCGUCACCGUAAGAUCCUUCGUGAUAACAUCCAGGGUAUUACUAAGCCUGCUAUUCGUCGUCUCGCUCGUCGUGGUGGUGUCAAGCGUAUCUCUGGUCUCAUCUAUGAAGAGACCCGUGGCGUCCUCAAGGUCUUCUUGGAGAACGUCAUCCGUGAUGCUGUCACUUACACUGAACACGCCAAGAGAAAGACUGUCACCUCUCUCGAUGUUGUCUACGCUCUCAAGCGCCAAGGCCGCACUCUCUACGGUUUUGGUGGUUAA